AUGACCGCAUUUCAAUCAUUCACGGUCGCUGAUACGUGCAUUUCUGAUUUAGUGAAUGGAUCGACAGAAGGCAAGAGGCAACGGACGGCGUAUACGCGUAGCCAGGUGCUGGAAUUGGAGAAGGAGUUCCAUUUUAACAGAUACCUGACUCGCCGACGACGAGUAGAAAUUGCACAAACUUUGAAUCUCACGGAACGCCAGGUGAAAAUCUGGUUUCAGAACCGACGUAUGAAGCUCAAGAAAGACCAGAAGUCAUCGUCGAUGGGCUGCAAGGACGCCUAUUCAGUGGCCGCUGUCGCCGCGGCUACCAUGCAGUCAGGACGGUCAUUCGGCGGCUACUUCAGCCUGCCGUACGACAUGGGCGCCAGCUGCGCUGUCGGUUGUCCUCCGACCAUCGUCGACCCAAAGAUGUUCUCACACGAAUAG